UUCUUUCAUCCGUUUUUUUCUGUCAAGAAUUCUUGAUUUUUAAAAUUUCAAUUCAUCACCAAAAAAUGAAACUAGAAUUCAUUCCAAUAUCGAAUAUAUUGGUUUUCGCGGCCAUCAUUUUACAUAUUUGUUGUGGUAAUGAUGCACAAAAUAUUAAAAGCCAUUCAAUUGUCGAUAAUAAUCGUUAUGAUGGACCAUCUUCACCUGUUUUUUUCCACCGACAACGAGCCAUGGCUUCAUUUCAAGUAUCCGAUCAACCAUCUAAUCAACAGCCAGAAUUUGGUUAUCGUCUACGAAUGCCUAGCCAGGCUAAUCCAAAAACAUAUAUGGAUUAUAAUCAAAACACUAAUGUUGAUUUAAUGAGUGUUAAGCCACGUCCAAUUAUUAUUAAUAGAGGUGAGCAACAACUACCACUAGAUUCAUCACCAUCAUCAUCAGAACAGAUUCGGCCAUCAGAAUAUUCAAGACAUUAUGAUGAACAACAACGAGAACAGCCUGAACCAUUAGAACAAUCAACAUUUACCGGAUCAAAUGAUAAUAAUUUCUAUGGUGUACCACAGCCAUCAUCAUCAUCAUCAUCAUCAUCUGGUAAUGUAUCGCAACCACACGAAUCAGAAUUACAUUCUACACCGAAUCCUGUCCCUACUACUGAACCGGGAAUCGUUUACUAUGAUUUUAAUGAUGAAAAUCAACAACAAGUUCAAAAGCAACAAAUUCCGCUACCACAAACAACAACAAGUCGUAGUUCAAGUGGUGAACAUUCGGAUCAAAGACAAAUAGAAUGGAUUCGUUAUAUUCAACGAUUUCAACCAAUUACUAAUCCAAUUUUCACAUCAGUUCCACAACAACAAAUCAUUCCAGCAAGUCAAAUUCCCGUUGGUACACCGGUAAUAUUUCAUCCAAAUGGACCACAACCAGUUCCAGAAGCUGGUCGUCCCGGUGGUGUAGGUCGAAAUCAAUUUGUUCAGAUUCCUAGACCAGGUGGCCCAUUACAAUCACAACAUUUGAACGUUCCAAUUAAUCAAUUUCAACAGGUUGAAAUUCCACAACAAAGAGUUGCCGUCGUACCAGCUAAUGUAGCAACACCACAACAACCAUCAUUGGUAAUUAUUCCACAGCAACAACAACGAUAUUUCCGAUUUCAACUUCCAAGACAACAGGAUGUAGCCGAUACAUCAUAUGUACGAGAAAUUCGACCAAUGCCAAUGAAUUUUCCCAUCACACAGAUACAUUAUUUACAACCUACCAUUCCAGAACGUAUGAAUUAUAUUAUAAUGAUACCACAAAUGAAAAUUGUAAGUCCAGUAAUUCGAAUUGGUUCAACAGGCAACACCGCCCAGCAGCCUACGAAUGUUGUUGGUUAUAAAUCUGUCAGCGAACCUGUUAAUCAAACAGCGGUUGGAUAUAAUUAUCAAGUAACACAGGAAAAACCUGUAGUUACACAAACCCGAAUUCAUACACCGGUAUUUGUAACCGAUUUUAAACCAUCAAAAGGUUUCAAAUAUACGGUUACACGUGAUGAUCAACCAACGGUUGAACAACAACAACAUCAUCAUGGAGAACAAUCGAUGGUAUCAAUUCCUGUAGCUCAACAACCAAUUGAUAGUCGUCCUGCAGCAGCUGGUGGUGGUGAUCGAUUCUAUCAGGUACCGAUUCCAACUGCUCAACCAUCAGCACAGCCAAUUCGUCAUUUCUAUGUACCACCAUAUAUGCAUCCAUUUCCAAUUGACAAUAUAAUGCGACCACCGAUGUAUUAUUCAAAUGAGAAUUCAUUAUCCGAUUAUAAACGUGCAAGUCCCGGUGAAACACAUACACUUCCUGUGGUUAGUAACCAACCAGCUCAAGGUGGACCGGUUACAAUUACGAUUGAACCAAUUCCACAGGAAACGCCAUCUACUGGCUCUCGAUCAAGUCAACCAAUUGUUUCAGAACCAGCUCCGGCCCAAUCUACUGUUAUACAAUCAAAACCAAUCAAUUUGGUAAUUGAUAAGAAAAAUAAAAAUUCCGGUCAACCAUUACGACAAGCUGUUUUUGAACCAAUCAAAAAUGUUGCUUAUCUAUCCGAUUAUCCGGAAUUUGAUUCACAUGGACAGCCAAAACAACAGCAGCCGAUUACACAAAUUGGACAUUCAUUGCGGCAACCAAACACAUAUGAACCACCAAAUGAAUAUCAAAAUCAAAUUGGACAGCCAUUACGUCAAACAGGACAAAAAUAUGGACAUUCACCGCAACAUGCAUCGGAUUCAUUUGUCUCAUCCGGACAACCAUUAAGCGAAACGGAUAAUUAUCUACCCAUUUAUGGUCCACCAUCUAUACAAAAUUAUCAACACCAACAAUCAUCAGCCAUUGUAGAUGAAAGUUCUGAAUUAGAACCCGGACAUCCGGAUUAUAUAACUGGUCGUGGACAUCAAUUGAAUUCGAUUCACAAUCCACAACAAUAUUUAUAUGCACCAUCAUUACCGCAACAACAACAACAAUCAUCUGUUAAUACACAAUGGCCUGUACAACAAAAAAUAGAUAAUAAUCGUGAAUAUUAUCAACAAUCUAUUGAUGAUGGUCAUCAUCAAUAUCAUCAUCAAACAUCAUCGAAAAAAUAACGAUGAUGAU